ACGAUCUUCCAACAAUCAUACAAUUCAACCCGGACCUCUGAGUAAAAUAAGCAAUAGAUUAUCAGAGAUUCAACACCGCGUGAGAGGAAGAGAUAGGGAAGCAGCAGAUUGUAUCUUAGUCAUACUCACAUUAUUGCAUACUUGAAACUAAGACGGAGAGCUUGAUACCAGGAUAUGCUAAAAGGUACGGAGAGCUUGAUACCAGGACAUAUCUUUUACAACAUGCUCUCUUGGUUUACCUGGGCUUCUAUAUUGCUUUUGUUUACAGCAAUUCCAUUAGAAGCCAAUUCCAACCAAAAAGAAUGUGGAGAUCUCAGACUCAAAAUUCCUUUUUAUUUCGAAACUACUGGAAAAGCAAGUGGACCUUCUCUAGGUAACCACUGGCCUGACAAAUUAUGUAGCAGCACUGAUCUUGAGGCAGAGGUACAAGCUUCUUCAUCUACCAAGGUACGAUUAAGAAAAUCCAUUUACGGUUAUAGUAACUGCAGCUGCUACACCGGAGCUGGAGUGAAGAUGUUGCACUCGGACGAGGUCCACGAUGCAAUGAAUUUGACAGAUGACACCCAGAUAGUUACAGCCUCCGGCACUAAUGCAAAUAUUGCAGUCAUAGGUUAUGAAUUAUUUGGCUUUAUAAGUUAUGAACCAUUAACUUUGAACAUCAAUAGCUCUCUGGCUGACCAGGAGGAUGAGGCUUGUUAUGGAACUGCCUAUGGCCAUUCCUCCAUUCCAAAAGGUAUCGAGUACUUAUCUGGGAAGGAGGUAGAGAGUAUAGUAAACAUAACUCUAUUAUCCAUGUAUUUCUGGUUUACCAUGAGACUUCGUGGUGGUACUGGUACACCAACCAACUGCAGCCUCAUCUUUCCUGCUUUGCCCAUGGCAGCCUUGGUAGGAAACGUCAGUAGUGCACGACAGUCAUACUAUAGAAAACUAGAUGUCCUUCACCAAUAUGGUAUACGAUAUGUACAUUUUGACGAUUCUGUCAGCAAAAUUGACACGAAUGAUAAAUCGGUAUAUAACAUGAACAGUGGUAAAGGUUACCAUCCACACAGCAACUUUCGGGCAAAUUUUAUUCUGGGUCUUGUCUUUUGUUGCUUAUUUCUCGUGUUUGGGAUCACUGGGAUCUAUUCCAGUGUGAAGAAACACAAGUUGAUUGGGAACAAAUCCAACUUCUUCCGGAAAAAUGGAGGGUUAUUGUUGGAGCAGAAUAUUAAUGCUUCAACCAGAGGAUGUACAACUAUCUUUACAUCCAAGGAGCUAGAAAUGACUACCAACUGUCAUAAGAAGGGUCACAUAUUUGGUACAGGAGAUUAUGAAGUCGAGCGUUUCAUAUAUGAGAUUAUUACUCUCACCCAAAUCAACCAUCAAAAUGUGAUCAAGUUCUUUGGCUGCUGUCUGGAGACAGAAACUCCGGUACUGGUCUAUGAACUCGCCUCCAAUGGAACCCUUUUCGACUACAUUCAUCGUACCAAUAGGAGAAGUACUACUUCAUUGCCAUGGGAUAUCCUUUGGAAGAUAGCCUCAGAACCAGCAGCUGCCCUUGCUUAUCUGCAUUCUGCAUCAAUUAUUCAUGGAAAUGUCAAGUCUUCCAACAUAUUAUUAACUGAUUGUUUCAUGGCCAAAGUCAUCGGCUUCAGACCUUCAAGGCUAGUCCCUAGCAAUGAAUCACAGAUAAGCACAUUGGUUCAGAGAACACUAGGCUAUCUAGACCCGGAGUAUUUCCAUAAAGGACAGUUGACAGAGAAGAGCGAUGUUUACAGCUUUGGAAUGGUUUUGUUAGAGAUUGUAACAGGAGAGAAGCCGAUAUCAUUUGGCAGGCCAGAAAGUCAAAGAAUCAUGUCUUCUCAUUUUAUAUCCAUGGAGUUAGAAAACAGUCUCUUUGAUCGGUUUGUUGAGACAGAAGAACACAGAGAUCAAGUCAGAGUCGUAGCGGAGCUUGCAAAGAGAUGCCUCAGUUUAAGUAGUGCAGAUAGGCCUGCCAUGGAAGAAGUGGCCAGGGAGUUGAGCAUGUUGAGAUGAACCAUCCCUAUGCGCAGUAUCUUCUAUAGCUCACCAGUCUGUUUGUUAUCUUUUCGUCCACCCCCUAUGUUUAUAAAUCACUAUUAAUC